CUCGCGCUCAAUUUUCGUUUUUUAUGAUCCGUUAAUGAUAUGUAAAAUAUGAAGAAUUUAAUUUAAUGGUACGUAAUUAUAUAUAAUAUCAAUUAACAACAUGAACGAAGAUUUAUUACAGCGAGUGAAAAGCUCGCUGAAUAGACAAUAUUAUACAAUGAAUCAUUCUUGGUUGUCUGACUGUGUUGAUUAUUACACGAGUCAGCAUGAAAAUCCUAGGCAAGAUGAAAUAACCGCAUUUGUUAUACUUCAAUGGAAUUUGAAUGACAUGAGAGAAGUAAACAACGAAAAUGGUUGCUUACCAAGAAAUUUAAUUAACCAAAAAUGCAUAACUUUACCUGGAAAAUACAUUCUUCAGGUCGAUAAGCUGUAUGACAUUUCAUUAUCUAAGUAUAAACAGCUUGAAAAAAUUAGAAAUGUUUCACUUGAAAAUAUUGAAGCUACAGAAAAUGAAAAUAAAAUGCAAGAUGAUAAAUUUCAAACAUGGGAACCAAAAUCUAAACGAAUGUUACAAUUAUUUAUGACUGAUGGAGUUCAAGACAUAUUGGGUAUUGAGUAUAAAAGUAUAAGAUUUCUGAAUGAAUUCAAGGAACCUGGUUUUAAAGUAUUGAUCAAAGGCCCAGUUAUUUGCAGGAAAGGAGUCUUACUAUUGGAAGAAAAGAAUAUUGAGGAAAAAGGAGGGGAAGUCGAAAGUUUACUAGUUCCUAAUGCACUAGAAAAUGUGUUGGCCAGAGCUUUAAAUUUAGAAGAAAAUAAAGAUCCAUACAAUAAUAAAAAUAAACCAAACCAAAAUACUGAGGGUACUCAGAAGACUGUACAAAUAGAUGAUGAUUUUGAUUUUGAUUCUCAAGCAUUAGAUCAGAUAGACACACAUAUUCAACAAAAGAAUAUAAAUGCCUGCAAAAAUUCAGCUACUUCUAAUUGGAACAACAAACAAAGUCAGAGCUGCUUAAGUGACUUGAAUUAUAGUUAUCAAACACCAAGCAUUUCCAAUCAAACACAAAAUUCAAAUAUAUCCAGUGUAAGGAAUCAAAGACUCAACUCAACAAGCGCCUUAAAUAAUCAAAAGAAUAAUAAAAUGCAACAGAAAGAUAAUGAAAAGAUGAUUGUCGAUUUUGAUGAUGAGGGUGAUUUAUUUUUGAAAAUGGUAGAUGGUUCAGAAUUUAAAACUCCAUCUGUGACAAUAGCAUCCACUGUACAGGGUAAAGUUAAUGUAAAGAAGACUUUAUCAUCAAAAAGUAAAAAAGAUGAAUUUCCAGUUGACAAUGAAAUAUAUGACCUAACAUACUCUCAUUCAUCAUUCUUUUCGUCAUCAAAAUCAAAGUCUCAAUCUACAGUGACUAAAAUUAGUUCACAGAAAAAAGAUUUGCCUAGUAAUACAACAAGCAGUCCAAAAUACAUUUAUAAUCAGAAGCAGUUAGAUAGAGAAAGUAGUUCUUCUAAAACAAAGUCGAAAGACAAUUCUAGUGUUGCUUUGAGUUCUAGAAAUACAUCAAAAAUGGCAUCUCAAAACAAAAAUAAUAUUAUAUCUACACCAUUAAUAAGUGAUAUAGAUAAUUUAGAACAUGAUUUAGAUUUAAAUGAUAUAGAUUUUGAUGGUUUUGAUGACUACUACAAUGCAGAUACAAAGCAUGUAAAGAAUUCAAAACCUACUCAAGCAUCUGCAAGCAUUUCACACAUAACUAAAGACAAAAGUGCAUUUUCACAAGAUUCACCACUAAAGUUUAAUACAAACUCAUUAGCUUCUACAGACGAAACUUUCUAUGAAAAUGAAUUUCCUGAAGAUUUUUAUGAAAGAUGUAAAAAGAAAUUAUUGACAACACAAAAGUUAAGUCAAGACACAAUAAAAAGUUUGCCCAAAUCAAAUAAGAAUCAAUCAGUCACAACAUGUAUUUCUCAAGUUAAUAAACCAUCAUCAGCAAAGUUAUCAGACAGGCUUAAACUUGAUAAUAAAAAUAAAGAUUACUACAAUACAACUAAUAAAUUAGAAGAGAAGACUUGUAGAUCUAGCCAAGCAUCAAUAGGUAGCUUCUUUAAAUCAGAAAAUAUAGAUCGAACAACAAAACAUCCAGUUUUUCAAACAGACAAGACAUCUAUUAAAACUAAAGUUGAAAGUCAGCAUUUGUAUGAAAAUUUAGAUGCAACUUUUGAAAAUGAUUUUGAUAUUGAAUUUGAAGCUAGAAAAGAAUUAGAUCAUAAACCAUUUGCUCAACAAAUGCAGGAAAAGACAUUAACAUUAGAUAAAGACCAUAAUUUCGAAAAUUCUACAAUCACAUCUCAAAAUUCAGAAAAUUGUAACUUGGAUCCGUUGAUUGGUUCUAAAAGAUCAGCAAGUUUAAUGUCUCCUAGCGUAAAUAAUCGACAAAAAUUACGUUGCUUGGAAAUUACGCCAAAAGACAAUACCAGCAGUAGAAAAAUUACCGAUUUUUUCAACAAGCCGAAACCAGAAUUGCUCAAUGACUAUUUGCCUUUAUACGAGGCUAUUUGCGACGUGUUAGAAAACUCUCGUAAAACAGAUAGAAUUCGAACUGUAGUGAGGGGAAAAGUUAUAAAUAUUGUGAAAUUGAAUUUAUUAAAAAACGAACACGGAUCUUAUUUUCAUUUAGAUGGCACUAUCACGGAUAGCACAGCUAAUUUGGACGUAGUAUUUUGUUCAGAUGUACUAGAAGAAAUUGUUGGAUAUAGUGUUAAUGAAUUUAUUUUGAAAAGAAAACAAGCUAAAGCUGAUCCCAAGAUAAAAGAUGAAUUAAGAGAUGAUUUGAAAAAGGCACAAAGUACGUUAAGAGUUAUGGAUACUUUGAUGGAAAUUGAAGUAAAGAAGGACGAGAAAGCAAUGAUCAUUGGAAUUAGGCCUUUGUCGAAAUCAGAAAAAAAUCGAAUAGAUGAGAGAUUACAACGACAUAAAGCAGAGAAAAAUAUCCAUAAGUAGUUUGAGAUCACAUUUAUGAUCACAAUUACACAAGGAUCUAGUUUGCCAUUACAAGUUCAAUACUUAUUUUUUUAUAUCAUUGCGUUAAUUAUAUAUUUAUAUAAA